AUGGCUAAACCUGGGGUUAGUCUAGUAAUAACAAUUUGUGCAUUGAUCUGUCCUGUCCACUUACUAGACAAUGGCCUUGCACAGACCCCAACCAUGGGCUGGUUACAUUAGGAAAGGUUUAUGUGUAAUGUUGUCUGUGUGAGCAAUCCCCACAAUUGUAUAAGCGAGCAGCUCUACAUGCAGAUGGCUGAUAUUAUGGUGCAGGAGGGCUGGAAGGAGGCUGGCUAUGAGUAUGUGUGCAUCGAUGACUGCUGGCUCGCCCAGGAUCGGCUAUAGCCUGUCCCAACAUAUUUCCCCAGCGGAAUCAAGAAACUCGCUGACUAUGUUCACUCUAAAGGACUGACUGGGAUAUACCAGGACGUUGGCAAUUUGACCUGUGCUGGAUAGCCUGUGAGUUACGGAUUCUAUGACUUGGACGCAGAGACCUUUGCGCAAUGGGGGGUGGACCUGCUGAAAUUUGACGGAUGUAAUGUUGGCACGUUGGACAUACUGGUGGAAGGAUAUAAAAAUAUGUCAAGGGCACUGAAUGAGACUGGAAGGAAUAUUCUGUACUCUGAAUGGCCUCUAUACCUGUGGCCUUUUCAGCAGCCAAACUAUACCGAUACCCGUCAGUACUGCAACCACUGGCAAAGCUAUGGCGACGUGUAUGAUUCCUGGCAUGUGAAAAGCAUUCUUGACUGGACUGGGAUCCACCAGAAUAUGAUUGUGCCAGUGGCAGGACCGGGAGGGUGGAAUGACCCGGAUAUGCUCAACAGCUUUAACGUGUGGGAGCGGCCAGUCAGGAGGCCGCUACCCAUUCGCGGUGCUCAACAGACAGGAGGUGGCCCAGGCCAGUUCCCUCUCUCGCUGGCUGCUUUUCCUUCCUGGAAGGCCUGCCACCCAGCAUGCAGUUACCCAAAUCCUCCCCAGUUAGCAGGAUCUGGGAGUCCUGAACCUCAUCUCAGCCCUACAGCUCCAAAUCAACCCAUCUGUGACAAUCCUGUUCACUCUGACAUUGAACAAGUCUGGCUGCUGGAAAAAAAUGGAACUGGAACUGAAACAUGAACAAUAAGCAGGAGACUCCCAACUCUCUAUUUUAAUAUAGGCCUGCUAGUACAUGUUGAUGGCUGGAAUUCAAAUAGAACCUAAAAUCUUGAGAUUCGAUACAAACAUGUCAGUUUAGCUGAAACACAUUAUUCCAAAAACCAAAGCACUUGUUUAUUCUUUUGAUUUUAGUAUGGAUUAUAAAUGCUAAUGCAGAUGCCUCUAUGUUGAUAUAUAUUUACAAAACAUUCUCAGACAUUAAAUAUUUACCAAGUUUGUGAGCGCUUUUUUUUUUUUUUUUUAAUACCAGAUUGUAUCUUAUCAGGCUGUUUUGUGAACAUGUCUCUAAUAAUACAUGUAACUUACAAAAGCAUUUCACUGGCUGUUACAUUGCUGCUUCACAAGCAAAAUUAAAUUUCAAUUAUUAAAACUGUGUCCUGAAACAGUUGGAAAAUGCUUAAAACUCAGACAGUGGCUUUAGCAGGCCAACAAUACUUUAAAAAAAAAAAAUCCCUUUCUGUUGUCUUAGUAGCAGAGGUCUGUAUAAAGACUUCUGUUUUAUAUGAAGCGGCUACUGAUUUGCUUAACUGCAUUGAUUCAAUAUAGACACCUGCACUGGGUCUCAGACACACCUAUUGUGUUUAAAAAAACAACUUGAAUUUACCUUAAACCUACCUGCAAGUUAAUUGAGUAAUACUGUAGGAAUGUUCAGACAAAAUGUUUUUGAUUUGCUUGUAUUUUCUAGGUUUUUAUGUCAAUGAAGGAAAUUGUUUAGUCUUUAAUCAGGUGCUGCCUUUAGAAAAAUACAGGAAAACAGAAACUAUUGUAAAAUCUUGAAUGCACUUUACUGUAAAUUGUUGUUCAAGUUUGGGUGUUACUCCACUAAAUAAAAAGCAUUGAUUUAAGACUGUACAACAGAACCCACUUGAUAGUACUCCUGUCACCACAUUGUAAUGCCCGGCCUUAGGAAUUGGUGGCAACAGUAAUUCAUCUUGUAAACUAUGUUUAUGUUAACCUUUCAAUGCAUUCCUUCCAGACAGGUCCUAUACAGUAUAGACACCUAACGAAUUGGGAGUACUGUUCUUCUUUCAGAUAUGUGGCAUUCAAUCACUUGCAUAUCCAACCUGAAAAUGUUGACUUCAGAGACAGUUAAACGAGUCUGAUGCAUUCCAACCCUUGUCCGUUUUUUCAGAAAAAAAAAAAAAAAAAUACAAAUGUCAAAAAUACAUUGCUGAAAGGACUGUUAAGAGGUUGGACUCCAUUUAGAUGUACUGUAGUUGGUACAGUACUAUAUGUAACCAACAUUUUAAUUCAAAAUGUUGAUAUUCUGAAAAUACCACUUGCCAAAAGACAACUGUGGCCAAGUAGGUUGUAUACAGUAUACACCUAAAUCCAGUAUGUAAAAUUCAGCAAAAUGAAAUCAAUGUUACCAAUGCACAGAACUGCAUAAAUUGUAAAAGGCAAUGCAGUUUAGCAAAUAAAAACACACCAGUUUCCAGAGUGAACAGUAUCCAAAGUCAGUAUUCAAAAUUGUAAAACAGUGCUCGAUAAGGUGCGAAUGUCACAUUUAACUUGAAAAUGAAAACACACAAAAACUAAAGAUUUGAGGGGAAAAAAAAAGAAAAAGGGUGCAACGGGCUUUAUCAGAAAACUGGUGACAGUCCUAAAUCACAUGCAACAGGAAAUUCAUUCAUUUAUUAAAAAAAAAAAAAAAAAAAAUGGUGAUCGAUUUUAUUUAAUACAAGGGCAGUAAAACGCAAUGGAUGCAUAUCUGGGUAAUUGAUAGUGCUAACUACUCUAAAAUCAUAUACAAGAUAUAAACCAAUCACUUAUUGACUACAGUGCAUGGUGUUCUGUGCACAUUUCAUUCCCAGCUUCAGUUAUUUCUCCAAAGUGUGUAAGAGGUCUUCAAUAAAGACACCCUACACAACCUAUGAACUUGUAUGCAAAGAGCACGUUGGGAAGCAUCUGUGAUGCCCCGCCCCCCCCAGAAACUCUUAUUACAAGAAUACAAGGCAAUAUAGUCAUCAGGGGUAGCAAUGGAACAGCAAUAGUUCAGGUUGUGGGUUCCUCUAUAG